AUGGUUUUCAAUGACUGUUUUGGAGCACUUUAUUAUGCCAUAAUUUCAUACGAACGAGGUCAUCAGCGCCCGCAUUUGACUAUCUACACAUUUCACGAUACAAAUCAAAGUUUAUCACAACCGACAAGUCCAUCUAAUACAAGUGUUGCACAUAAUGCACCAAAUAAACCCUUAUUACCAAUUAGGUGUUCGUCACUAGAAAGACCGAAAUUACCAAAUAAAGAUGUUUCACGGAAUACUAGCAACACUGACAAACAGAGACCAUCACCUUUGCCAGUUCAUUUAGUUAAAGAAAUUGGACAGCCUAUGUACGUCAAUAUGUAUGAUAUAGCAACGUUAACUGCUAACAAGGCUCAACAAGCCGAAGCGAGCUCAGAUAGUUCAGCAGAAUCAUCGAGCGGAUAUAGUAGUCAGCCUGCUGCUUCUCCGCAAGUACGAUCGACUACUUCCAUAUUCGAUUCUGAACAAGAAGCUUUCCUUCAGCAUAACACUCCUUCUCGACGUUUUACCAGCUGCCUGAAACCACUUCCUCCUGUGAGAAGAACUUCAAGUAUUAGCAUGUCUGGACAACAAUUUACUAAAGUUUUGAUUUCAAAUACCGAAGUAAGUGAUAUUGAUUCAGUUGGUAAUACUACCAAUAAUAACACUGCAUCAAAAUCUUCGUAUUUUACAUCAUGUUUGGAGCAGCCGAUAUCGCCCUCUGUGCCCAUAGGUGCGGUAGCUGGUACUAUAAAGGCUUUGACAGAGUCAAGACAUACUCCAGCCAAUCCUGGAGUUAUUCGAAGAGCUAGUCCUGCCAUAAUUUCAAAAUUGUCAGCGCUGACGUCUGAUAAUAUUUUGCAAAAACAUGUGAAUGAGUCAUGCAUAAUUAAAAAUUUAAGUAAAGACAAAAAUGAUUCUCCUUCCUUUAGUAGUGCUAGUAAUAGUUUCUCCAACUGUUCAUCGAAUGAGUCUGGAACACAGAUUAAUUCAAAAUCAGAUCAGCAUAAUUUUGUUUCCGAAAAAUUUGAUGAUAUUUAUAGUACCCCUAAAGUUCUUAGUACUUUCUCAAGUGGAAUGCAUAGUCAUAAGGCAGAUAUAUAUUCAAAUAUUACACAAAGACAUCCAAGAAAUUGUGAGAUAAGAAACAAUGCUGAAGACUCCAGCUCAAGACUUAUAAAUGAGUUAACUGCCAAAUUUACUCCUCCUUCCAGUCCGAUAACUUUCAGACAUGAAUUGCAAGGCCAAGAUUCUGAAAUCGUCAAAACACAUAAAUCUGAUAAAAUGCCACCAGUUCUUCAAAGAGGUGGACAUGGUUUUAUAAAACAGUUAAAUACAAAGUUGUCACAGCAACAGAUUGCAAAUGUUGCUAGUCGAGCCAACAUAGUUCAAAAAAUCAUCAACAAUAUUGUGCAGGUAUGA